AUGUCGACGAAGAAGGAAGUGUCAGCUCAUGAGGAGCUAGGUGGAACUCCUAGGAAGCGAACAUUCGGGCAGAAGUUCAAGAGAUCGUGCGCUCGGUUCUGGUGGAUCUACCUCUUCGUCUUCAUCGCUGUCGUACUUGUGGUCGUGCUCCCAGUCAUCUAUGUUGCAUACCCAAACAUCGCUCAGGACAGUGUGAACGACUCGUCACUUCAUGUUGUGUCGGAAUCGGUCCUAAAUCCUACGCCAGAACAAGUCGAUCUCGAACUAGUGACCUGGCUGCACAAUCCAUCAAGUCAUAAUCCGGACCUAGACCAGUUUGAGGCGUCUUUGUAUCUGAAAGACAGCGAUGUGCCGUUUGUUUCUUUCACAUCCCCGGCCAUCAAUGGCAAGAACGGAACCGAGGCCACCGUCAAGCAGACCGUUCCGAUCCAGAACAUGACCGAGUUCACCAGAUAUACUAUGGUGACGCUUGCCAGUGACACGUACACGGUGUAUCUCCGAGGCAAAGGCGGCCUCAAACUGGGAGGCCUGCCGAAGACGACCGUCGAUUACAACCAGGAGAUCGAGAUACAAGGACUGAGAGGAUUUCAGGGCCUUGAGGUGACAGAGUUCCAUCUGCUCACAGAGAGUCUGCCAGACGGAGCGAAUGCAAUCGGCAAUGUCACCAUUCCGAAUCCAAGUCCAGCGACCUAUGCAUUCGGAGAUGUCUCGUUCGACAUGUCGGUGGAAGGCGAGUUCAUCGGCAACGCAACACUGCCAUCUCUGACACUGACACCUGGCAACAAUUCGUACCCGAUCCACGUCACAUCGAACCAGACGCGGGUUGCCCUGAUCAUACAAAGACCAGAGUACCACUGCGGCGUGUUCCCGGUUGACAUCGCCGGUAAUGCCAGCAUAUAUGACGGAAAGAGGUUGCCGUACUACAGCGACGCCCUAAGAGCCAACAAGCUGAGCACAGUGCUCAAUGUGUCCGAUGCACUGAACGAGGUCGGAUUUGGUUUCGCGCUCGGCAAUUGUACGACCUCAUGA